GGCCGGUCGCGGAGGCGCGGGCAGCGUGGGAAUCAGCAGCAGGAUGUGUGACCGGAAUGGCGGGCGUCGGCUCCGGCAGUGGCUGAUUGAGCAGAUUGACAGCAGCCUGUACCCGGGGCUGAUAUGGGAAAGCGACGAGAAGACCAUGUUCCGUAUCCCUUGGAAGCAUGCCGGCAAGCAGGAUUACAAUCAGGAAGUGGAUGCUUCCAUCUUCAAGGCCUGGGCAGUUUUUAAAGGGAAGUUUAAAGAGGGGGACAAAGCUGAGCCAGCCACGUGGAAGACGAGGUUACGCUGUGCUUUGAACAAGAGCCCAGAUUUUGAGGAAGUGACCGAUCGAUCCCAGCUGGACAUUUCCGAGCCAUAUAAAGUUUACCGAAUUGUCCCGGAGGAAGAGCAAAAAUGCAAGCUGGGCGUGGUGCCUGCAGGCUGCAUGAACGAUGUCACGGAGAUGGAGUGUGGUCGCUCUGAAAUCGAUGAGCUAAUCAAGGAGCCUUCUGUGGAUGAGUACAUGGGUCUAACCAAAAGGAGCCCAUCCCCACCAGAGGCCGGCAGGAGCCAGGUCCUUCCUGACUGGUGGGUCCAGCAGCCCAGUGCAGGCCUGCCACUGGUGACCGGGUAUGCUGCCUAUGACACACAUCAUUCAGCCUUCUCCCAGAUGCUGAUCAGCUUCUACUAUGGGGGCAAGCACGUGGGCCAGGCUACUACCACCUGCCCCGAGGGCUGCCGCCUAUCCCUGAGCCAGCCGGGCCUUCCCAAGAUGUAUGGGCCGGAUGGCCUGGAGCUGGUGUGCUUCCCGACAGCUGACAUCAUCCCCAGUGAGCGGCAGAGGCAGGUGACCCGGAAGUUGUUUGGGCACCUGGAGCGUGGUGUGCUCCUGCACAGCAACCGCAAGGGUGUGUUUGUGAAGCGCCUGUGCCAGGGCCGUGUGUUCUGCAGCGGCAACGCGGUGGUGUCCAAGGGCAGGCCCAACAAGCUGGAGCGGGAUGAGGUGGUGCAGGUCUUUGACACCAACCAGUUCUUCAGAGAACUGCAGCAGUUCUACGCCUCGCAGAGUCGCCUUCCUGACAGCAGGGUGGUGCUGUGCUUCGGGGAGGAGUUUCCGGACACAGCGCCCUUGCGCUCCAAGCUCAUCCUGGUGCAGGUGGAGCAGCUUUAUGCCAGGCAGAUGAUGGAGGAAGCGGGCAAGACCUGUGGUGCUGGUUCCCUGAUGCCAGCCCUGGAGGAGCCCCAGCUAGACCAGACCUUCCGGAUGUUUCCAGAUAUUUGUGCCUCACAUCAGAGACCCUUUUUCAGAGAAAAUCAACAGAUCACCGUCUAAGCCUCUUUCCGGGCAUCCCACCUCGCCCGAGACUCAAGUGUCAUGAUUCUUUGAGUGACAGGAUUAUGAAGGAUGUGAACCCCCCUGACUAGGGUGGGCAGUGUCCCCCGUGGGGCCUCAAGAAGCCCAGCCAUGGACACGCUCCUGCUCAGGCAGAUGUUGAAAGCUUGCAGAGGCUGUGGCCAGAACCCUGCAAUUAAAACAUUUUUUUAAAUGAG